GCUCGUCUGGGUUAUGAUAGGCCGAGAGAAGCGCCGCUGACUGAGCUGUGAUAGGCCGAGAGAAGCGCCGCUGACUGAGCUGUGAUAGGCCGAGAGAAGCGCCGCUGACUGAGCUGUGAUAGGCCGAGAGAAGCGCCGCUGACUGAGCUGUGAUAGGCCGAGAGAAGCGCCGCUGACUGAGCUGUGAUAGGCCGAGAGAAGCGCCGCUGACUGAGCUGUGAUAGGCCGAGAGAAGCGCCGCUGACUGAGCUGUGAUAGGCUGAGACGAGGUGAUGCUGGGCUCUGAUAGGCUGGGACCGGGCUACGUUGAGCCGUGAUAGGCUGAGGCGGGACCUCCGUGAAGGCGGGCGAGCUUCCCGGAAGAGAGGAGCCAGUCUCCGCUGAUGGAGCUCGGAGCCGGAGGUGUCUCUGGGCCGCUGCCGUCCCGGGCAGAUAUUUAAUACACUGCCAGCUCCGCAAUGGUGAGAGGCAUUGGCCAUGGGAUUCCAGACAUGUUUAGGAUGUUACUGAUGAGAUCCCAGCCAUGCCCUCUGUUCUCUUAUAAAAAGAUCGAAGCAUCCAAAUAUGAACCUUUCUUAAAGUACUUCACCUCUACAACUGACAAACAACAGCCCAAACAUGAGAAUAACGUGACCGUGGGAAACCUCUGCAGGUUAUCAGUUGACAUCAGGAAAAUCCGAAGGGUAAAGGGAUGGGUGCUUUUCAAGGAGGAAACUUUUGUAGAAGAAAUUGCCAACAUCUUACAGAAAAUCGGCACUAAUGAAACUGCAAUAGCCAGCAUCUUGGAACGCUGUCCAGAGGCUAUCCUUUGUAGUCCAGCAGCAGUCAAUGCUCAGAUAGACCUGUGGCAGUCUGUCUGCCGAAAUAAAAAAGAGUUAGUGGCAUUAAUAGAACAAUUUCCAGAAUCUUUUUUUAUUGUUAAAGACCAGGAGAAUCAGAAGCUUAAUAUUAAUUUUUUUCAAGAAUUGGGACUCAAGAAUGUGAUCAUUAGUAGGUUCUUGACAACCGCACCCAAUAUUUUUUGUAAUUCUGUAGAGAAGAAUAAACAAACGAUCAAAAUGCUACAGGAAAGUUACUUGAAUUUAGGGGGCUCCCAAGCCAACAUGAGAGUUUGGCUGCUAAAAUUGUUGAGUCAAGACCCGUUUAUUCUAUUAAAUUCUUCUACUCCAGUAAAGGAAACACUGGAAUUUCUCCAGAAGCAAGGCUUCACAGACUUGGAAGUUCUCCAACUUCUGUCCAAACUCAAAGGAUUUCUUUUUCAGCUUUCCCCUACUAGUGUACAAGAAAGCAUCUUUUUCACUAAAAACACUUUUAAAUGCACAGAUCAGGACCUGAAGGAACUGAUUUUAAAAUGCCCUGCCCUUUUGUACUAUACUGUCCCAGUUCUAGAAGAGCGAAUUCAGGGUCUCUUGAAAGAAGGGGUUUCUUUAUCUCAAAUAAGAGAGACACCAAUGGUACUUGAGUUAACACCACAAAUUGUACAGUUUAGAAUUAGAAAACUAAAUGCUUUGGGAUAUAGCAUAAGGAAUGGAAAUCUAGAAAAUCUAAAUGGAACCAAAAAAGAGUUUGAGUUCAACUUUGGUAAAAUACAAGCAAAGAAAGAAAGACCAAUAUUUAAUCCUGUAGCACCCUUAAAUGUUGAAGAUUAACAUAAGGUAAUUAGGGUGCCUCUGUACAACCGUAUGGAAGAGUAAUUAAACAUGGCCAACAAUGUAGUGGGCUGGGAACACUAUCCUCCCAGCACACAUUUUGUGGUCCUGAUAUGGAGCAUCUGAGUCGUGAGCCAUCACUAAGGCUGUCAGCCAUUAUCAUUUGUUACAUAUUCUGGACGUUGUGAUAAAUCAUAUUUUUGUGAUGACAUGUAAUCAUGAAAUGUAAAUGUGUAUAGAAAACCUUUUGAGCCAUGUCUCAAUAAAAGUUAAUAUCAUUCAUCCAGUAGCAUGUUAGUUUUUUAUUGUUUACUUUGGAUAGCAACUAAUUAAAUUAUAAGCAAAUCCUUUCAGAGCAACUUGACAAAGAUCUCCCAUUGAUUUCAAGUAUAUCUCUGUUACUGAACCACAUAAAUACGAUCAGUGAAGAAAUUAAUGUAAAAUGUUGGUAAUCUGAUAUGAUUGUUUAAAAUUGCAUGUAAUUAUAGAAGCUGUCUUUUUUUAGCCUGAAUGUCUUGCUUUUAAAUUCAAUGAUGUUUUGAUUGCACUUUACAUGAAAAUCCCAACUAAUACUUGUAAAUUAAAUUACAUUGUAAAUAUGACCCACUUUAAAGAAA